AUUAUUAAGUGCGAGGGAAUAAGGGAGAGCGGCCCUCCAUUCGCACCCCAGCCACACCCCACACGACUCCUAUUCGAAUCAUCGAAAACCAAGAGCAAAGGAAAGGAAAGCGGAGGCAAGGGGAGAGGGGAUGGACGCCGGCCACGCCACUGCCGCGCAAGAGACCGACGACGACGCGCCGCGCAAGAAGAAGACGGCGGCCAGGAAGCGCUGGGGUGACGAAGGCUCGCGCGAGCGCGGCCUGUCGCCGGCGGCGCCACCCGACGACCCCGGGAAGGACGCGGCGCUGGCGGAGUGCGCGGUCUCGUGCUGCAUCUUCUGCGCGUGCCUGCCGGUCGCCGCGCUCUGCUGCGUCGCGCGCGCCCCGGUCCGCGCCGCGCGGCGGUGCUGGAGGUGGAGGGCGACGAGGAGGCGGCCGCCCCGGCGCCUCGCGCCCGGCGGGUCCUCGUCCUUCUCCGACGCCGAGCUCGGGGACUUCCGGCAAGGGCGGAGGCGGACAAUGGCGGACGAAGACCACCGGCCCAGAUCGCGGUCGCCGCGUGGCUGCCGGACUGCCCCGCCGCCGGCGCAUCCGCAGCAACCGCCCCUUCGGGAUCGGAGGAGAUAGUUAGUGCUCAGUCAGUCAGUUAGCCUUUUUUUCCCUCCUCUCCAGUUUUGCAGUGAUCUGCCAAGUAGGAUGCGCCGGCUCGAUCUGUCCGGCCUCUCUUUUUUCUUCGGUUUCUGUCUUUCUUCCUCGCUCUCGCCUUCGGCUUCGGUUCAGGUCCGCCUUUGGUAGUUUGGUGCCGAUGAUUAGCAAGAAAUUUCGGCAAAGAUUGUUCUUCAGUGCACAGCUGCACAAUGCCUUGUCCACAUUUUUCUCUCUAGACUAGACUGUAAUAGUCAAGAUGAUUUGAUCGUUUGCACCAAAAAUAAAGAUGCAGUCUUUUUAUAAAAAAGAUGCAUUAUCGUA